AUGAAAUAUGAGAUUCGCGAUAAUCAUAACACGAUCGCCUUGCUCCGUCAAUGGUUCGACACUAUAGAUCCUAAAACCUAUCGCAAACAAAAUCCGUGGUCGGGGGAGCUCACCGACGCUUAUGAGCACUACAAAUACCUCGACAAGAUCUUUAUCCAAAGAAAGGCCAUCUACAUGAACGAGCCGUUGUUGACAUUAGAGGCCACUCCUGAUCAGCAUGUGAAGUCGAUACAGUUGGCGAUCGAAUGGGGGGAAGCUGCUCUUAGCUCGGCCAAGGCGAGAAUCCACGUCCUCGCCAACUAUCGAAAUGCCUAUGACGUCACAGUUAUCCACUCGCACAUAGAAGAGGCAGAAAGACAUCUCUUCAGUGCCAUGAGUGCAUUGCGCGAAGCAAGAACGAACUUCCAAGUAGCAAAAAGCGACUACAAGUUCCCUUUACCUUCGGUUCUAUGCCAACCUGAUCUAUACCCACACUAUUCAACAUCCUUCAUUGACCUAUGCUUGGGGGUGCAUGUUGAUCCCACAGUAUAG